AUGGUUAAAUUGACAUUGUUUGAUUCAGCCUAUUCCCUUAUCUCAAAUCCCACCACCAAAUCGCCUGAUAAUCGAGAUCGAUCAAAGAAUACUACAGCUAAUACCUCAGAGUUAUCAUCAUCUUGGAGUGGCAGUGGUGGUAGUAUAUUAAAUGGACAUUUUAUUCAAAAAUCAACGGCUGCCAUUAAUAUCAGAUCAUCAUCCACAAGUACCACCACCAGUAACAACAUUAUUAAUAAUAACAAUGAGAGUAAAAGAAGAAAUUUGGAUUCUGUGAAUAAAAAGGCAAAUGCUCGAACUUUACCUCCGUCAUUGAAUCGAAAUAAUGCUGGACUUGGAACUCCUAAAAAAGCAAUUCAUAAUAUCGAUUUGAUUGGGGAAAUGAUGUUUGGUGCUGUUCCUUUAUCAUAUAAAGGAAUGAACACAAAAAUUCUACUUCAAAACCAUCCGUAA